AUGGCCAACUACCCACCUCCACAGCAUUACUCAGGCCAUCCACCUUCGAGCUCCAGUAUGCCGCCUCAGGGUUACGAGCCUCCCGCGGAUGAUGAUGAGUUUCCUCAUUCCACCGAGGUCGCUGCUCGCCGCCACCCGCGGCCGCCGCUCGCCGCCACCCGGGCCGCCGCCUGCAGCCGGCGACCACCGCCGGCCACCACCACAGGCGACCACCGCCGUCGCCGGCGACCACCGCCGGCCGUCGCCGACCACCACUUCCGGCCAUCGCCGCCGACCACCGCCGGACGUCGCCGGGGGCCACCGCCGGACGUCGCCGGCGACCACCGCCGGACGUCGCCGGCGGUGGCCACCGCUAACGCCCACCGCCGGCAGCCGGCCGACGACUACCGGCGACCACAGCCGGUCGCCACCGGCGACCACUAUCGGCAACCACCGCCGCCGUCGCCGGCGACGACUGGUUGUUACAAGCUCCGACGGAGGUACAGCGGUCGUCGGUAG